CAAAUGGGCAUUAAUAUGGUCUUCUUCAGGACCCAGAGGAAUCCCCGGCGUCUCACAGCAGUGACAGAUCGGCGCGGGAGCGCGCAGAGCACAUAACUGGAAAUGGCGCAGCAGACUGGUUUCGGCCGCCGGUACGUGAGGGCAUUCGUGAGCGGCUUCUUCGUUGCCGUGCCGGUAACCGUGACCGUCUUGGACAGGCUGGCCUACGUGGCUCGAGUGGAAGGAGCUUCCAUGCAGCCUUCCCUGAACCCUGAGGGAGGCACGUCGUCCGACGUGGUUCUUUUGAACCGCUGGAGUGUACGAAACUACCGCGUGCAGCGUGGAGACAUCGUGUCUGUUCUGUCCCCUAAGAACCCCCAGCAGAAGAUCAUAAAGAGGGUAAUUGCCUUGGAGGGAGACCUCAUCAGGACAAUGGGGUACAAAAACCGCUACGUGAAGGUGCCAGACGGUCACUUUUGGAUCGAAGGCGAUCACCACGGGCACAGCCUUGACAGCAACAGCUUCGGCCCACCCGAGCAGAAGAGAAAAAGCUCCCUGGCAGUAGCGAGAUGCAGACGGUGCGGAGCGAGCGGGGGACGGGUCUCCCUGGUGGGAGGUGUGACAAGGUCUCACUUGGUUUGGUCCACGCGAAGGCGUCCCACAUUAUCUGGCCGCCACACCGCUGGCAGAGAAUCGUCCCCCGCCUUCCCUCCGACCGCGCUCCGCUGCUCAGCCUGAACGAAGACUCCGAGGAAGAGCGGAACGAGUGAGGCCGAGCGUCGCGCCUACGCGCAAACGCUAGUGACCGUGCGCCAGGUUCUGCUCGUAUGCGGGAGAGAGCCGUUACCAAGGUAGUCCACUGGUGGGUACUCACGCUCUUGCCCUUGGAGAACUGCAGGGGGCGCUGCGUUUUCUUGGUUGGCACUUAAUCGAGCAAUGAGAGCGGGUGAUUGUGCUGCUUGCUUGCCUAGCCUGGUUUCUCGGACCAGAACUGGGCGUUGAAUUUGAAGUGUAAACCCGAACCAACCGGACCCUGUAGCUCUACUGGCGCAAGAGUGAAUACCCCUGAUUUAGCCUAUGAAAUGAUAGAAAUGUUUCUGUAUAUGUAUAUAUAUUUUCUUGUAAACACAGUUUCCGCAUUGUAAAUUUUUGUUGAAAAUUGGUAUAAAAUGUAUUGAAUUUGUUUGUUUUUUUCACGAAACUAUUUUUCCAUUGUGAAAUUCUGUCAACUAUUUUGAGCCAAACUAUUUUCCAAUGAACUCCCCCCCUCCAAUCCUUAGAAAUGGUAUGUAGGGUUAAAUAGCAUUGAACAUUUAGUUUUUACUUCAUAAUUUUUUUAUAUGCGUUCCUGUAACCUCUCUGUUGCAUUACCUACUGUCUGUGUCUGCCAUCAGUUCAGUUUAAAGACCAUUUUUUUACGAACAGAACAUUUGAUUGACACUUUUAUAAGCCAUUUGCUUCACAGCCAGAUUAUUAAAUGGCAUGUAUAUCACAUGCUGGAUGCUGGAGGGGAUUAUCAGGAGAGGGAGCGAGGUAAAAGACAAUCUAGCCACCCCCCCCCCCCCUUUCUAAUUUCCACUUCUAAAUUCCAUCCUAAUCCCCAAAAACUCUCUUUUACAGACCUUUACCUUUCUAACUACUCUGGCCCAAAUCUCUCAUCUUUAAGAUAAAUCCAUCCCUCUCCCCCUCUUAACAGACCUCACCCCCCCCCCCCCCCCCCCCACCAUUACAAGCUGGUCACAUAUAGCUAUCUGCUAUGUAGUUAAGUGUGCACUCUGCUAUGUCAGACAGGGACUGGAGUAGUUCUAAUUUCACUGGAACCCGCCUCUCUUCUGUAGGAUUUUUACUGAUAUAUUGGUGGGACCCCCCCCCCAAUAUAUAUUGUGAACCUACUCAGAAGCCCUCCUCUGUUUGUUGCUUGUUUUCAGCUUCAUACAUUGCCCCUGUCUUCAGCUUUUUCUUCUCUUCCCUUUCUCUCGCUCUCUCUUUUUGUUUUUCCCGUAGGGAAGCACCUACCUCACCCUUAUGGCUAGACUUCCUCACUCUGGUUCUAAGCCCACUUUGAAAUGCGAACUGUGUCCGUGAACAUGUAAACAAAAAUCUGUAUGCUGUAACUGUCAAUAAAUCUCAUUUGAGCUUA